AUGAAAGACAUUAUAUCAAAGAAGAGAUCUAUUGCGUCCGAACCAAUUCAAUUGACGGAGACUUGCAGUGCUAUACUUCAAGGUUUAAAAAUUCCAGUGAAGAAGAAAGAUAGAGGGGCGGUGACUAUUCCGUGCACAAUAGGAGACAUAUCCUUCAAGAAAGCACUAAUUGAUUUAGGUGAAAGUGUCAUCUUGAUGCCCCUAUCAAUUUACAAAAAGCUUGGGCUAGGUGCAGUACAAGACACACGCAUGACACUGCAAUUUGCAAAUCACUCGAUGAAGAGACCCUAUAGUAUUGCUAAUGAUGUCCUAGUGAAGAUUGAUAAGUUUGUUUUUCUGGUGGAUUUUGUUGUCCUUGAAAUGCCAGAAGAUGAGCAAAUCCCUUUGAUUUCGGGAAGACCUUUUCUCGAGACAGGAAGAUGCAUGAUAGAUAUGGAGGGAGGCACAAUGACCCUCAAAGUCUAUGAUGAAGAGUUGAAGAUCGAUGUCAGAGAUACCAUGAAGUUCAGAGAUGAAGAGAUUUCGAGCAAGCAAGUUGGAAUAUUGGACACGGUUUUCAUCCAAGUUAUUCAGAGUAAGAUACCAGAAUUACCAUUGGAAAGAGUCCUCAUUUUGUCUAUUUAUGAGAAGGAUGAAGAUAUAAAUGAAGCGGAAUCUAAAGUGCUUGCUAUGUUAGAAGCAUAA